AUGAUAGAUGCAGCUGCAGGAGGCAUUUUGAUGGCUAAAACAGAAAAUGAUGCAUAUGCCUUAUUGGAUGACAUAGCCACAAACAAUUGCCAAUGGCCAAGUGAGAGAUUGAGCGUAAAGAAAGUAGCAGGACUUCAUGAGGUGGAUCCCAUCACAGCACUAGCAGCUCAGGUUACAUCACUCACGAAUCAGAUAGUCACGCUUACUACUCAAGGGAAUCAACAGAAGGCAGAUUUAGUCAUGAGGCUGAGAAAUCAUGAGAACUUAUCAUAUGGCAACAAUAGAAACACACUUCAACCUCCCCCUGGAUUUAACACUCAAAAUUCUGAAGGGAAACCAUCCUUGGAAGGAAAAUUUCCAAGUGAUACAGAAGUCAACCCAAGGGAGCAAUGCAAGGCCAUUGUAUUAAGGGAUGGCAAACAAGUUGGAGAAAGUGAAUCCACAAAAGGGAGCAACCCCACACCUGAUAAGGAAGAGGAACAAGUGGUAGUUGAGCAAGAAAAGCAGGCCAAAGGAACAAAGACGACUCACAGGCCUUAUUCCAUAUCCUUCCCUGAUAACCUACCAAUUCUCACACAACACUUCCAUUUUCACAAUGCUUUGGAACAAAUGCCAAACUACGCAGAGUUUAUGAAGGAGGUGAUGUCAAAGAAGCGAAAAUUGGAGGAAUAUGAAAUAGUGAAAUUAACAGAGGAAUGCAGUGUUAUACUUCAGAAGAAACUACCUCAAAAGAGAAAAGAUCCGGGCAGUUUCACUAUUCCCCGCACCAUUGGAAGCUCUUCUUUUGACAAAGCCCUCUGUGCUCUCGGAGCAAGCAUCAACCUGAUGCCAUUAUCAGUAUUCAGGAAGUUAGGCCUUGGGGAAGUCAAACCAAGAACGGUGACUCUACAACUAGCUGAUAGGUCCCUCACCUACCCACGAGGGAUUAUUGAAGACGUGUUGGUAAAUGUCGACAAAUUCAUCUUCCCAGCUGAUUUUGUGGUAUUGGAUAUGGAAGAAGAUCAGAAAAUCCCAUUGAUUUUAGGCAGGCCAUUUUUAGCAAUUGGAAGGGCAUUAAUUGAUGUACAAGGAGGACAUUUGACAUUGAGAGUGAAUGAAGAAGAGGUGAGGUUCAACAUCUACCAAGCAAUGAAGUACUCAGAUGACCAUGACACUUGCCACAGGAUUGACUUCAUUGAUUCUGCUGUGAGAGAUGAGAAAUUAUGUAUUGAAGAUCUUUUAGUGCAAUGUAUGAUGUUUAGUGCAACAAAGGAUGAUAUUAUCACUUUUGGAAAGUACAUAGGGAGCAAGGAUUUGGUUGAUUGCAUAUUGGCUCUUGAGUCUACAUCAGUUGUAGACAACCUGUUACAAUGUGAGGAUAUUCAGCAGUCAGAGGAAUCAGAUGACAAAGAAAGCAAUGAAAACAGUAAGAUUAAACUGAAGCAAUUACCAGAUCACCUUCGCUAUGCAUUUCUGGGGGACAAUUCUGCAUUUCCAGUGAUCAUUUCUUCAUCACUCAACAGAGACGAAGAGGACAUAUUAUUGUAA